CUAUCAGUUUAUUUUUGCGCCGAAGUUGUAACUUAUAACAAGUUACGAGGUGUGUCAGUAGUUUUAUUUAUCUUACCAAGUGUAUAUUACAUAGUGGAGUAUGUUUGUGUAAAUAUUGUGUUUUGUGCUACGAUGGCAGUACCUGUCGGGUCCGUUGGCAUAACCGAGAAGAUACGAAGAGGUUAACGGCGAUAAGCAGCCUUUGUCAUUCAAUUUCAUUUCAUUAUCUAUAAAGAGUGAAGACUAAAAUAUCAAAAUGGAAAACGAUGAAUCCGAAAUGACUAUGAGUAACCUUCUAUUAUUUACAAGUCUAUUAGAAGACAAAGACCCUACAGAGAAAAGAAAUGAAAUUGAAGAUAUUCUCAGAUGCGGUGCAGAUGUAAAUGCUGCCGAUGCUGACAAUAACGAUGACACUCCGUUACACAUUGCUAUAAGAAGUAAACAAAUAGAAAUCGUCAAGUUGUUUUUGCAGUGGGAUGCUGAUGUAACACGUUUAAAUGGUGACGAUAAAAGUGCUUUAUAUAUCGCUAGAGGACUAGGAGGAGUUGACGGGAAAGAAAUUAAGGACAUGGUUGAGGAAUAUGCAAAGAAAAAACAAGUAAAUCAAGUAACAAAUAAUUCUGCUUCCUCCUCUCCGCCUCAACAAAAAUCGCUUGCAAGUGAAUCAAGUACUAUACAAAAAAGAGUGAUUCAUCGCGCGGACACUAUUGAAUUGAGCCGAUACCUGAAGAGAGACGGCACCACAGGUGUCGGGGGCCAGCUUUACAAAACCAAGUCUUUAAGUUUAGUCCUCUUAAGGGCUUCCAAUGAUCCAGAUAUAGUACAACAAAAAUUUUAUUUGGGAACAAAUAUACCCGGUAAUGGUGUUUUUUAUGAUGUCUGUUUCAAAUACAAUGUUAAAAACUUUGGAAAAUCAAUAAGAUUAUUUAUGCAAUGCAAACACGUACCUACGGAAGCUUUUAUGACAGAAGCUGAUUUACGCAAUGCCGGUGGCGAUUGGAGUUUAGCAAAUUGUUUCGACAGUUUCCUCAAAAUCAAAGAUAAAUUUAGCAGUGAUAUAAAUGACCCAAUAUUUGGAGAAGAUUUUAAUAAUGUUGAAACAAAUUUUAUUAUUUACACAUCCUCCAAAGAUCAAUUGAGAAAGAAAUUUUAUGGGAAUACAGGUAUAGGUCAUAAAAUCCACUAUUUAAUCAAUACCGGGGAAAAUACAGCAGUGUUCCGAUAUAAUUACACGGAAGAAGACAUAGAUUUCAUUACUAGAGAGGUCCAAAAAAGACGCAUAACAUCGUUGGCACAAUGUUUUAUUGAUUUUAUUUUUUCCGACAAAAAUAAUUACAGUAGUAUGAUGGAAGAUAAACUCAUAAAGACCUACCAUGUCGCGUUGGCGCAAAACGUGUUACAAAUUUCUAACUCCGCAGAAAAAGAUUAUCGUGAGGCAGUUUUUCUGCCUCAUUUUUUUCAAAGUAAUGAUAUUUUCUUAGUGCUUUUAAAAGAAAAUCUAUGUCAAUUGACUGUAAAAAAUCAUCAUAACAAAUCGCAGUUUGGAAGUGAAGAGUUGGUCAAUUUAUUUAAACAGCUUCCAAAAGUGCCAUCUAGUGAAGAAAUUAGCAUGUUCAUCGGCUUUCUUGUAACAUAUGACGAAAAAAAUAAUAAACUUAAAUUGAUGAGCGACUUGUCAGAGAAAGGAUUUAGUAACAGUGAAAUCCAAGAGUUGACUGAGAGUUUAGAACAGAUUCACGUUACUGCAAGCACUAUCAAAGAAGCCGUGUUAAAAGCAGGCGAAAAUAAACUAUCCACCAUCCGGUUCAAAGUGCCAUUAUCUUUUGGCAAUAUUGAAAUGGCACUUUCCAAAAACCACAAAGUUUUGGAUAACAUAGUAGCAGUAUUCGCAUAUUUGUUUAGAUAUUAUCGUAACACAAAAAUUAUUGAAAUAAACGAAACUAACGUGUGUCAAUAUAUAAAAUCUGAUGGACAAGUGGUUACAACCGAAUUUCUGAAAAAUGAAAGUGGUAUUGGUACUGCUAUCGGAAAUUUGUUGGUGUUAGACAACUUUACUAAUUUGCUAAAGUUUAAUACAACUACCGUGCUAUCCGAACCUGCUAAUAUUCUCUUGCAGAGAUUAAAAAGCGUUUUGCCCAAGUAUGAAAGGAUAGAAAAUUAUAAAUUAAAAAUUGACUUUUAUACUUGUCCACGAAUUUCAUUUACAAAUACUGACUACGAUAAGAUAUUAGCAAGAUAUUUUCUGGGACGCCUUUGGUUUUAUACAAACCAGAAAAACGAAAAUAGAAUAGAUGAAGAUGUCAAGAAAGAGAUCAAUAAGUAUUACAAGACAUACAAAGGCCCAGCAGCUUUUGGUCUGUGCACUCACAUUGACAGCAUUUACUCAUCGUUUCAUGACGAAAUUCAAAAAUGGUGGAUGGUGACACCAGAAAACACAUUUGCGCCCUAUCUUACUCAAGAGAGUGAAAUUUUCCGCAUAGCACAAGAAGGAGUCAUUGACAAUCCACUGUUAACUCUGCACCAUCAAAUGUAUCUGAGCAAGAUGAAAAAAACUGGUAUUGAAUUCACUUCCGAUGCAGUAGCCAAGCUUCAACUAGAAGACAGCGUUCACAAACUUGUCAAUAUUAAAACUAAAUGCGCCUUAUUGACAGGUAUUAAAAUAAGACAACAUUAUAAAGACGAAUCCAAUUAUAAUUUCUUAGAUUUCAAUUAUAUGCUGAGUCUGCCUGCAGAUGAUCGCAAUGCAAUAAUACAUGAACUCAAGGAUACAGCCGUAGAAAUCCUUAUUGUCAUUUGUGGAAUGUCUAAAUCAAGAAAGCCAGUUAAUGAAAGUUUACAUCGUAUAAUAAACAGUUUUAAUGGAAAAAAGGUUAUAGUAGUGACAGAGAACGAUCCGAGUUCGACGAUAAUACUUCGUAUGCCACAUGAUCACAGUUCAGUGCAAGAUGAAAUGAAUGACUUGUUACAUUUCAAUGAAUCCUCAAAAGAACAUUUUGUAAAAGAUACUACAUUAGUCUUUCAAGGUCCAGAGGUAAAUUUAAACGCAAUUUUAGACGAGACGUCACUAAAAUUUUUGGACGCUAAAAUAUUAUUAAAGCUCAUAAAUAACGAACGAAUAGAAAUAGGGCAUAUUCUUACCGACAAAAACUAUGAAAACGUGCAAGAUAACUACAUUGCUAGAUAUCUAGAUAAGGAAGAUAGUAAGGUCUAUUAUCCAGUUAACUCAUUAGAUGACAUCGAAGAGAAGGUUGUUAUAAUAAUAGCCAAACACGGUAUGGGAAAAUCCACGUUGUUGACACACAUUGCUCUAGAAUCCAAGAAAGCUGCUCCCUCAAGGUGGAUCGUGCGCAUCAACCUAGAAGAAUUUUCAAAUUAUUUUUACGCUUGGCAAAGAAACAGGACAGAAAUAAAUAAAACAGAGGUUUUAAAAUUCCUGUGCAUAGCGUCACUAAAACAUACUGACGAUAAAACAAUGUUCACGCUCGUGGAAAGAGAUGAGAAGAUUAUUUUGGAGAGUUGCGGUGCGAGAGACGCAAAGCAAUUGCUGGAAUUAGAACUCUUUUUACAUUAUUAUAAUGAAAGUAAAAUAACUUUUCUAUUUUACGGAUUCGAUUAUGUCUGUCCACCUUUCGGUGUUGAAGUUAUUAAGAUGUUAAAAGUUAUAAAAGCUGAUAAUGUCACUAUGUGGGUGACAAGCCAUUUAGUCAGAAUCCCAAAAAAAAUGUUGGAAAAUCAUUUUGGCACUUCAUAUACUUUGAAACCUAUAGACGCAACGGAACAGGCUGGCUUUUUCUAUAAGUUUUGGAAGACUAACCUCCAAAUGGAAAAAAUUAACAGCGAAUUAUUUAGUACCCUAUGGGAAUUCCUCGAGUAUAUGUCGGGUAAACACAACUUACAUGAACCAGGCAAGAAGGACCGGAUAAUAAUGCCAUGGAUUAGUAUGCCAUUACAUAUGCUUUACUUGAUGGCAGUGGAAUUCUUUCAAACUGAACUCUGCAACUUUUCAUUUGAACACAUCGAAAAGAAACUAAAGCAACAUCUGGAUAUAGACCUGAACAAAGGAUCCAAGUUAGGCUCGUACAUGGACUUGACUCCGGAGGAGGAGGAGGCAGCUGAGCUGGCCGGCACUCCGCUCUACAUGUAUGUAGCGGCGAACUACUUCGAGUGCAAAAUCAAAGGACGAUUUAAAAUCGAACCGAAGAUACCUGAAAUAAAAGAAAAAUGGGAUCUUUGGGGAGACGCGGUGUGUUUGUAUGAGCACUUUCUACAUCACAAUAUGAAGAAACUGUGCUCGGAAAGCAAUCUGGAUGAGGAUCAAGAAGUGGACAAACGCAGGGAGUUUUUACAAAGGCACAAGAAGUUGGCUCUGUUAGCCAUUCUCAAAGAGGAGCACCUGCGCAAGCUGCUGCCAGCCGACGAGAUUAAUGAAUUGAAAAGCAUGACGGCUCGAAUCAAUAGUGGCGAGGAGCGAUCCCCGCUCGUCGACUGCGUCCUCGACAACGUGCCUAGGUUCUUUCAUAUAAUAUAUGCAGAAUACUGCGCCGUUGAAUAUUUGACAGAUAUAAUAAAAGGCAUAAAAAUAGAUUCAUUGGACCACUUAAGGCACAAGUACGCGUGGGAUUUCUUAGUUAACAUGAUACUUUUCACAUGUUCAAACUCCGUGCGAACAGCCUUCGACUACAAACUGAAAAACGAUACUCAGUUAGCGGAAAUUACCUCUAGUGACCAAUGCAAGAAUAUAAUUUUAGAACUGUUAACGAAACAAAAUGUCGAAGGCGCUUGUGCGGUAAGCACUGACGGUUCGUCAUCAUUGCAGGCCGCCGUCGACUCCGGCAUGAACAACUUGGUCAAGUUGUUUUUGACCAGCUUGGACGUGAAAUUGACGAACGAAAACGUGAAAUCAUUUAUGAAAUUAUUCCAAACUGUUGAUAUUGCGUUGAAUAUGUACAAUAUUUGCGGUGGAAAUGUUCCCGCUAACGUUACCGACUUCUUCGCGGACAUGACCCUUGAGAAAUUUGUAAACGUUGCGAAGUCAGAACACACGAUUGAGCUUCCAUUGAAGGUGAUCGAAACGUUUGCCAACUCUAACGUGGUGGACGGCGUCCGGAGAGCUCUCACGAGGGCACGGGAGCGACUUGUAAAUCGCGCGGCCGACAGGUUCGGCUUAAGUCAAGACAACAUAGGACUAUUCAGACAUCUGGCUGAGAGAAUCAGACGCUACAACGAUUGAUCUCAUGUAAUGCAUAGUUGAUUAUAAUGUUUAGCUCUCAGGAACACGCUGGAUUCAUUCCGCUUUCGACAGGUCCUAUGGAAAUCUUUAAGGAAGGCUUAUGUUCAGCAGUGGACUCUAUGUGGCUGAUGAUAAAUGCAUAGUUAUUAUAGUUGAGUGUACGUAUGUUACAAGUACUAAUAAAUGUACUGUGCAGUGGCAGUUGGUGAUUAAACUAAUUGUGAUAUGACGUUGCGCCUUGUUGAUGUAUGGAAUAUAGAUAAUAUUAAUAAUUAUGUAUUAUAUAUGAUGUCUCUGCUGGGUAAUAACUAAAAUCUAAGCUAAUAAGAGGUUUACGAAAUCCGUUCCACUACACUUUUAAAGUAGUAAAACCACGCUGUAUUUUAAUCCAGAGUAUCAAUAACUUCAGUCUCAUGUAAAAACCAUAUACAGGGUCAUUUUGACAUUGCGAUACUAAAUUAAAUCAAAUACUUAUCUUCAUAAAAAUAACUUUAGAAUAAGUAAAUUACUCGAUUCGUAGAUUUAAAAUACAAAAGUAUAAAUUUCGAACAUAAUAAAUAUCAAUAAUAAGUAAUUUUAAUUUCACACGCCCUACCCUUAAUGCUAUUUUAAGGAAAUUCGACGCAGCGGUAUCAGCACACUUUCACUUAGAAAUACACUCACGCACACUUAACUACAGAAUGAUCAAAACAUUAGAAAAGUAAACCUUCAAUUUUUGUUGAAAAUAUUCGUUAUUCAAGAAUUAUUUUUGGCACAAUGUUACCUGAGGUUAAGACUAUGUGCCUUCAUUAAGACAAUGUAAAAAUGACCCUGUAUAUAAACCAACCGCAGUACGUAGUAUUAACGAGAAAAUUGCCUUUAUAGUAUUCGUUCUGAUAGUCUCAUUUCUGUCAGCUGGUGUCCAUCCAAUCUGAAUUCUAUCCAACGUUCCUCGACACUGUAUUUAAAUACAAGAUAUUGCCUGCGGCACGGAGCGAAAGUAACCUAUAACACUGGAGAAUAAUGUAGCUUCCUAUGAGUGAAAGAACUAAUAGGAUCCUUUCAGUAGUUGCGGAGAUUAACUCAACAAACAAAGUUACAAACUUUUCCUCUGUGUAAUAUUAGUAAAGAUUAAUACUUCUCAGCUAAAAGUCUUGCUUAUCAUGACAGAAUAAAGGAAAAUUAAAUGAGAUGCAUGCCCACCAGUGAGCUCUUCUGAUAAAAAAAAUUAAUAAAAUUAUUGUUAUGAUUAAAAAUAUGCCUAAAUGAGUCCAUAAUAUUUUAUUCUGCAUUUACUAUCAAAUUGCAUAAUUUAGUAUUAUUAUUUUGUUUACACUUUAAUUAUAUUUUUAAACACGGAAAGUAAUAGGAUUACGAAAGUACAUAAUGUUAGAUAUUUUGUUAUUUUAUUUUGACAUUAUUAUUUUUAAUCUUGAAUUAGAUCUCUUUGAUAUUUUGACUUUAAGGUACACUAAUAGUGUCAAGUAUUUCUAUACAGAAGGUAAUCAACUUCUUAUUGGUUAAGUACUUGUAAAACGUGAGAUGUAGGUUUACAUUGAAAAUUUGUAUGAGUUUUUAAUUUGAACCCUCAACUAAGUUACUUAAAAUUGCAUUUUGUGCUAAUGAGGCAAUGAACUCACCCCUUAAUAUAUUGUAAGUACUGAAUAUUUAAAAAAUAAUAAAUAUAAAAUGAACAAAGUACAGUAAAAAGUCUGAUGUUUAUUAAUAAUGUAAUAUUUACAAUUAAAUUGUAACAUAAUGUACUUAUUUUAGUGUAAGGCCAAAAUACUUUUAUUUGAAAAAAAAACAUUUGAAUGCUUUUACUUAGUCAAUAGAGCUAAGUAUGUUGGUGUUUUUGUUUACCAUACUAAAGAUAGGUACCAACAUUGUAAACAUCACAUACUAACAGUAAGCAUCAACAAUAGCUGAGAACACAACACCUGAUGAUAUAUACGUCUCUCAUAAGUGAGAAGCCGCCUGAAUAGGUGCUAUCGCAAUGUCAGCCAUUCAAAAUAAAAAAAAUAACAUUCAAAAUAUACAUUUUGCUAUAAAUUGUAUAUUUAACUACGUACAAAAAUAAAUUACCUUAUUUUGAUUAAAAAAAAAUAAUCUAAACUCGUAUAGGUGAAUUUUUUAUUUAAUUGCAGCUGUUUUUGGUGCUACUUGUCCAAUGUCAUAAGCAUUUACAAUCAUAUUGCCUUAAUUACGUUUAAUUAUGUAUAUACUAAGUAUAGAAUUGUUGUAUGAUGCUAGUCUUUUUAUACGUUUAUAAAUAAAUAUGUAAAUACUAA